GUCGCGCCCGCUGCCAGCGUGCCCGGCGGGAGCCCCCGUGCCCAGCAGCACCUGCCGGCCGGCCCGGCUGCGCGGCGCGGGGCGGGGCUGGGCUGCGCGGCUCGGGGCGGAGGACGAUGCCCGGCACGGAGCAGCGCUGGGGGGCCAUGCGCGGCUGCAAGGCGCUCGCCAGCCUGCUGUGGCUGGGGCUGCUGGGGCCGGGGGCGCCGUGGCGCCGCGCCGAGGCGGGCUGCGCCCAGGCGGGGAGGUGCUGCGCGGGCAGGGACCCCGCCUGCGUGGCCGCGGGCUGGCGGCUGGACGGCGCCUACGGCACCUGCUUCUGCGACGAAGCCUGCCGGCGCGCCGGGGACUGCUGCCACGACCACCCCCGGGCGUGCCCAGCUCUUCCUUGCGUUGUGGGGGAGUGGAGUCACUGGAGUGGUUGCGGAGAGCAGUGUAAACCUAAUUUUCGAAUGCGUAGGCGCUAUGUGCAACAAGAACCUAAAAACGGUGGGGAACCUUGUCCUCCACUAGAGGAGAAGGCUGGCUGCCUGGAAUACGUGACUUAUGAAGGACAGAACUGCGGACAUGAUCACGUUCCUGCUUUCAUAACAACCUUUGAAUACAGUAAGGAGAGAAAAAGACGAGCAGCAUCUCCUCUAUGGUCUUCAGACACAGAAGAAUCCAGCUAUUGUGUGGAAUUUAAAACUGAGUCACUCUCUCACCACUGUACUCUGGAGAAUCGUCCUUAUGCUCGGUGGAUGCAAUAUAUAAGAGAAGGGUACACAGUAUGUGUAGCUUGCCAACCUCCAGCUAUGCAAAGUGGCAAUCAUCGUUGUUCUGGAGAUGGCCUUAAUGCUGAUGGGAAUAAAGUUCUCCACUGGCAAGCAGUUGGCAAUCCGCAGUGCCAAGGAACAUGGAAGAAAGUGCGGCAAGUGGAGGAGUGUUCCUGUCCUGGUGUGCAUAGUUUUAUUUUUACAUAAAAAAUAAUUUUAUAAUAAAGAACAUUUGUGAAUGUUAAAAACCAAUGUAACACUCUGAAACCAAAAAUUAAAAACUACACUUUUCUGCUGUAUUUGCUGAACUUGGAACAAGAAAGACUUUGGGAGAUAUUCCGAUUUGUGCCUUGACCCUCGUUCGUAUAUAGGAAUUAACAUGAAAUUUUCUACUUCUGAAUGUAUUAGCUUCCAUUUCUCUCUUUUGUAAUUAAAGACUGAAUUCUUCCAA